CUCUUCCCCACCAUGAUCUCUGUUUGGUUUCCCCUUGCCCGAUAACUAUUUAAAUACAUUUUACUAACUUUGGAUUCCUUGCUCGCUCCACUUCACCUGGCUGGGCAGGUCUGCGAGGGCUCCGGGGGGUUUAGCUCCUCCGUUUUUAUUGCUUUAUUUAUUUCUUUCUCAGGGGUUGUUUCUCUUAAGAUAACCAUGUUCAGGAGGAAAGUCUGAAGCACAUAAAUAAUGGGAAGUGCUAAUAGCAAGCAGGCUGCUGUAAAACGUGCUGGGGCUUUGACUUAAGGGAAGAAAUCUCAGCUCUGCCUUGUCCCUGACCAAGGAGCUGGAGCACAGAAGGAAGAGGGAGUUUGCAUUUCCCAGGGAAAAAAAAAAAAACAAACCACCACCUCCUGUUGCACAGUGAAGAGGAAACUGGAAGAAGCUUCCAUCUUGCUCAGGACAAGACCACUGGCUGGCUUUUGCUUCUCAAAGGGAGGAAAAUAGUGUGGCCUCCAGAGAUAAUACCUGGAGGCAAGGAAAACAGAUUCAACAAAAUCCUUGUCCAAACCCUGGAAAUAUCCAGAAGAUAUAAAGGAGAAGAGUUCACUCAAGAUCAAAAAAUGCUGAAGGUCGAAAUCAUCCCGGGACGCUGCUUCUGUAGAAUCCACAUCACUGGACUAUUUCUACCUCCUCACUAAAGAUGUUCAGAAAUGGAGCCAAAUACAAGCAUGAGAGGGAGUUCUAAAGAUGAGAAGCAAAAAUUACAUGGCAGAGAAGAAAGUUUCCUUCAGCUACUGUGUGAGAUGAAUCGACGUGCAGCAGCACCUUCUGGAGGGAUUGCUUUGUGCUUGUGAAUCGCAAACAGCUGGAACCACCCACCACAGUUGUCUGCCUGUUUGACACCCGAAAUCAAUCCUUGGGGUAAUUUGUUCAUGACUCCCAGGAAGGAUGCAGGGAAAUAAGAAACAUACCGAAGGACACAGUGACUCCUCCAGUAUCGGGAGCCUCCUGGAUGACACGGACAGGGAGGUGAGCAGCCUCACAGACCGGGCCUUCAAAAGUCUGUGCGUGGCAGAACUUGAAGACUCUUACAAUGAUCCAGAUCUUGCCAUUUCCCCUGACUUCACCCUCCAGUUCUCUGCCAAAUUCCACCCAGGGACGUUAAACCACGCCAUCAAGAAAAGCAACAUCCCUAACAAGCUAACGGCAAGAAACAAUGAACAUACAAUAUGGGCUUCCACAUUCCAGCAGUUACCAAAGUGUGCUCCGGAGGAGAAGAGGGUUGCUAAAAAUAACACCUUUGCCACGGAAAGGAAAAAGCUGAAUUUGCCAGUCCCUGGUCCAAGGAACAAUAAACAUUUUUCAAAAGUGUCCUCAUUGAUUAAGACGUUUGACAAGACUGCAGACCAAGGGUCAGGAGGUUCCCUGGUAGCCAUUAAGCAGCCCAUUAGGAAUAGCUUUCAAAAAUAUAAAUUAAAUCAUGGAAAUGAUAUGGCUUACUGGGAUGACACGGACAUUUUAAGCAUCCACAAGGAACUUUCUGAGUUUUCUGAGGCUGGUCAAGGGAGCCAGUGUCUCAGUGACAAACAUGAGCAACAGAAAAGACCUAAUAAAAUAGGCCUGGGUUAUUGUGGCUCUGAUGGUUAUUAUCCUGUGCUGAUUGAGAUGUCAAAAGUAGCCAAGUCAAAUUUUUCCCGUUCUUCUAAAAAGGCUUUAAAAAACAGAAGUAUGAAAGUUAAUGAGCCAGCAAAAAAAGGUAAUUUUCUUCACAGUGAGAAUAGUGCUUUUGAAUCAUGGAACGUUCAUCACAAAAAGCUGACUGAAAAGGAGGAAUUUGUUGAUAUAAAAAUGAAAAAGGAAGGUCUUACAUACCUGGAAGAAGCACCAUUUAUUAAAGGAUCCCACACACAUGAACAUAAAUUGCCACCUGUCAAAAGCACUGUUGCUAAGAAGCAGGAGAAGGAUUUUCAGAUGGAGCCAACUCCACCAGAAGCUGCUUUCAGCGUCCCUCUCCCAGCUGUACCUCAGGGCCCCCUCCCUUCAAAACCUGAAUUUCCUGCUGCUCUCCCACCCACUCCCCCACCUCGGAUCCAUGUGCCCCAGGGUCCUCCUAGGCCACCCCCUGUUCCUCUUCCACCCCCCAUCCAACAGGGCCAUCCCCCAACACCUCCUACCCCUGAAGCCCCUCCUGUUCCACCACCCCCAAUGCCAGCCCAGCUUUCCCCCUCUGUCAUGUCCCAAGCCUCUGUCUCACCCCAGUCUGUGUCCUACAGGGUGGUUUCAUCCUCACCCAUGUCCCAGGCACCCAGCUCACCUCCACGAAGACCCCUGACCACUUUAACCGAAGAGGAGGCCCUCAGUCCCCAACUGGGCCAUACGAGUCCACCCUGGAGGAGACAGAAGGCUACCAAAGGGGCAGCAGAGAAGAGACAGACUUCAAAGGAGAAGUUCACAGCCAGCAAUGAGAUGGUUUCGUUGUCUGAAAAGGCGACUGGUGCUGAACCUGGUCUGGAUGUGGCUCCUCUGGCUAAACAGGUGAACUCCCCUGGAUCCAUCAGUCCCUCGUUCAACAUCUCUGAACUCUUAACACCCAUCAUACCACCAAAACAGGAAGCAGACCUCACGGAAAGUGAGCUGGUCCCACUGACACCUCCUCCCACCGAGAGCGCGGCCGCGAGAGACCAGGAAGAGGGCAUGUUUGGAGAUUACAGGUCUCGGGAUAGUUACAAAUCGAAAGCAUCGAGUCUGUUAUUCAACUUGAAGGAUGUACGUAAACGCGUUAAAAGCAUUUAUACCCCUUCUCCCCUGUUAAGGGCCUUGGAGGAGAAAAAUAAAGCUAGGGAAAAUAUACAGGAGAGUACAAAAAUGAAUGCCUCAGUUUCGACUUUACAAGAAAAAAGUAACAAAAGUAUUGCAGAGAAAGAUGAAUCAAGUGAUAUAACCUCCGCAUUGUCUGGCAGUGUACCUGAAAAGGACAAUAAAACUGAUUUAACUGCACACUUGACAGACAAUUACCUGACUUUGAGUUCACCCCAGACAACAGCAGACCUUUUAUUUUACCAAACUGGAGACAACUUGCAGCAAGACGAUCCAAAACACGAAGGUCUGGUUAAAAACACAAAGGAUAAUGAAAACUUCCCCUUGUUCGGGCAUGAAUCAAAUGAACCUGAUUUAAGGAAAUGUCUACGGUAUCCAGCACUGAAGCCAUUCAGCAGGGACAGCAGAGGUACAACGGCUGGGCAGCCCCAGCAAAAUCCCAGUGUCCAGGGUGAGGAAAAGGAAAGACAGGCUGCUGAUCAGAACGAAGUGUUUUCCUUCAAAACACCCCCAAACCAGCUCUCACCAGCAGAGGACGUGCCUUACAGUGACAUCCCAACCAACAUGGUGGUCACUGUCCACGAAGGACACGGCAAAAGAAGCACUAGUUCUUCAGAGCAGUCUUUUGUCUCCACAGUAGAGCAACCACUUCAGGAGGAGCCAUUUCCACCGGUGCCCCUGACGCAGAAGGCAAGCCUUCAAGAAAGCCAGAGGACUAACAGUGAAAUGAGUUCAGACAGUAAGAAAAGCCACCAGGAGAGAGGGAAAGAGGUUGGGGAAGAUGAACUGCAGUAUUAUGCUUGUGUCAGCUCUGGUACUGGUGCAGGAGAGAAGAGGGAGGGGAAGGUUACUGGGAAUGAACAGAGGAGCUUGAUGAAAGAGAAGCUAAGGACAGAGAAAAGGGAAGAGGCCAAGAGUGUGGAUUCUGCUUCCAACAGCGUAAGGGACAUGUCCAUCCAGAGGUCUGAGGAACCACAAACACCACCAUCUUCAACCUCAACCAAACCUAGUCUGUUUAUGAUUAAAGAUAACACGUUCAGGUCCCCUCAGGUAAUAAGGGCUGUCAAGCUGCCCCUCUUCAGGUCCUUUUCCCUGGAUGAUACAGUGAGCAGCAGUUACAAGGAAAUGGAAAGUAGGUUUAUGUCCUAUGCAGAGCAGAAGAAGCACCGAAACCGGUCGCAUGCCCAGGAGGUAGGCUGGUGGGCAUCGAGGCGCAGAGGGCAGCAGAACGUGAGGGAUGGAGCAAGUGAUGGAGGGAAAGAGGCCAGUGAGCCUGGAUCUACUCCAGCAACACUGGAUCCCAGUCUUCUGGAAGAUGCAGAGAGCUCUUCGUUAGGGAAGCUGAUGGAAGAAGAAGAGACUUGUGCUUUGUUAAAUAAAGUUGGGAAAAUGAACGAGCAAAGUGUCUGCAGAAGGAAAGAGAAGCCCCAGAUUAGGAAGGCAAGACACAGCUUGACACAGCCAAAUUUAGGUCUGGAAAAUGACCAAGCACAAACCAACCCCAGCUAUCCCGCAGAAAGAACGACAAAUUACUUUAAGAAUCAUCAUUUAUCGAAUCGCAGAGGUGGCUCUUGCGCGAAGAAAAUAAUCACUACAGAGACAAUUUCCCCUGUGACCGGCUCCAUACCAGAGGACCACAAGUAUUCUCCUGUAUUCCAUGAAGCUUUAGAGGACAUCCUACAUACAGAAGGCACGCAGGAUUUGUUGGACAGUCUCACGUGCUCCGCCGUUCCCAGCCCCAGGUCGGGCAGCACCUUGCACUCUCUUGCUGCCAGUUCAUCGUCUGACAAACCACCAACUUCUGGCCUGAGAGAGACAGAGGAUGCUGUAAACCCUGCCUUGCUGAACAUGGCACUGAGGAGCAGAGCUGGUAUGUCAGCAGAAGAGAUACUCGAUUCCACCCGGAGGAAUCUGCUUUCCAGUUCUGGGGGGGAGGCUGAGAGCUUGGAGCCCAGGGGUCCCGGGGAGAGAGCAGCAGGGAAACCUCCUGCUGUGCCACCAAAAACAGAAAAGGCCCUGCGCAGGGCCAAAAAGCUGGCAAGCAGGAGAAAGAAAAUGCAAGAACAGCAGAAGAAACAUCAGACUGAGCAAGAAGAUGCUGUAGGGAGAAAGCCUUCUUAUCCUGGACAGACACUGGCAUCUCCUUCACCCUUGGGAUGUUCUCCUCUCCAUCCUGUCCCUCACUCAACUUUGACUCCCACAGAAACGGGUGCAGGAAGACUCAGUGGUGCAUCAGCAGUAAGUCCUUCGCCCUCUUCAACCCAACGUAAACUCCUCCAAGACCCCGACUCUGGUCAAUACUAUAUUGUUGAUUUGCCAGCUGAAGUCAGUUUAAAGACAUUUUAUGACCCAGAAACUGGCAAAUACGUUCAAGUCUCAGUCCCUUCCUUGGAAGGGAACCACCAGCCCCCUUCUUCAGAAAUUAGGAGUUCUCCCUAUGCUUCCUACCCAAGAGUGCUGCCUUUGCCAGCUUCAUCUGUAGCAGUGCUGAGGUCACCUUCUCAGCUCUCUGAACCUACCUGGCUGAUGCCAGCUGUACCAGGAGAACCAGCUGAACAACCAGAAGAUGACCAGCAGGACUACAGAUAUGCUGAAACCGUGGAUGCUCAGCCCUACAUUGAACCAGCCUCUUGCUCCUUCGGUCAAGAAGCUGAAGAAACUCAAGUUCACUUACAAAAGGACAUGAGCCCGACCCCACAUACUGGCAUAGUGUCCCUCACUGAUUUAGAUGAUUUUGCUGCUGAAGGAGUAUCUUGAAAACCGAAGUAAGAAGAAGUAAGUGUUUUUAAGAACAGACAGACACAUGCACACAAAAGCACACGCAGAUUUGAUGUUUGUACAACACUUUAUGCCCGAGUCUCACCGUGCUUUGGGUGGGAAGGAAAAUGAAAGCUGACCACGCUGAGAGACGCGAGGUGAUAAUCACCCUGAAGAAGUGUGACAUUGAGUAAGCACCAAAUUAUGAGUGAGCUGAAGGGGAGAUGCCAGCUGAAGGAAUAAAGGCGACAGGAUGAAGCCACUGCUUGCUGCUGCUGCUGCUUUGCCCUUGCCAUGGCUGGGGUCGCCAAAGCAAGUGUCCCUUUGCCCAGAUGAGUUGUGUGAUAUAUGACACAAAGUAAAACAUGUAAGACCAUCCUGUCCACCUUGUGACACCCAGGACAGAGGCCGCAUCUGCCAGACUUUCCUCACUCACUGCCUUUGAACUGUACUGACAGGUAGAAAGCCCAUGGCUACACAUGUGCCAUAAACCCAAGAUUCUUUUUCUUUUUUGCACUCAUUGAUUGCCCAGAUGUGAUUGACAAAAAGAUUGUAUAUGCACAAUACAACAGCUGUGUCAAAAAAUAACCUUUAAACCUCCAGAACACAGUUACAGCUGCUCUAGACUUCUCAUAUCCUUUUGCAGUGUCCACUAACAUGCUGCUGGAAUCUUGUAUUUCUUGAUAAUCUCCAAGUAAGUGCCCUUAGAGUCAGGGGUUAUUUAUAAUGCAGCUUACAACUUCAACUUAUCUUGGUACUCGGUACUGAAAUAUUUUGGUAAGGAGCAAGGUUAAAUGAAAUCCCAUAACAUCAUUUCAUUUUCUAUUAGGAUGAGAAGACCUUUGCUUAUUACAAUUGAGGUGCUUUAUGUUUUGUUUGGUUUUCAGGCUCCCACUGAAAUGCAGCACUAACUUUUAAAACUUGAAAAACAUUGUGACUAAUUUUGGUCUUGUGAAUUCUGUGAUUUUAAAAGAGAUACAAAAUAUCCAAAGUAUUAAUUUCUUUAAAAAGUGCUUCUUUGGAUUGUCACUUUUCUUUGACAUAUCUGUAUCAAAAUAUCACUCAUCCUUGCAUAAGC